CCUGGACGCGCCUGUCUGGAGGAAACUCCUCCCCGCACAUAGCGUGUCCAGUCCUUUCCAGCGCAAUGGUCUCCUGGAUCAUCUCUAGACUUGUGGUACUUGUGUUUGGGACGCUAUAUCCGGCGUACUCCUCUUAUAAAGCUGUGAAGUCAAAAGAUGUGAAAGAAUAUGUGAAAUGGAUGAUGUACUGGAUAAUAUUUGCCAUUUUCACUGCUGUGGAAGUGUUUACAGACAUGUUUCUUUGUUGGAUUCCUUUCUACUAUGAACUGAAGAUAGCCUUUGUGGUGUGGCUGCUGUCCCCUUACACUAAAGGCUCCAGUGUGCUAUACAGGAAGUUUGUUCAUCCUACUCUUUCCUCAAAAGAAAAGGACAUUGAUGAGUAUCUCUGCCAAGCAAAGGACAAAAGCUAUGACACAAUUGUGCAUUUUGGGAGAAAGGGGCUGAAUGUUGCUGCCACAGCUGCAGUCAUGGCUGCAACAAAGAGCCAAGGGGUCCUGUCAGACAGACUGAGGAGUUUCAGCAUGCAGGAUCUGUCUUCCUAUCAGUCUGACCCCGUUAACACCGGCCCCGGCACUACGCAGCCUGCAGCAGCACAGCAUAGGACCAAGACUAUGAUGCGCAGCAAGUCGGAGAGCUACAACAAGGGACAGGAUGUUGACAUGACUGAGUAUGAGAUGUUGGGUUUGGACCAAUGGAACUCCAAGGAGAUUCUGUCCGAGACCAUUUCACCUUCUGAGUCUGAAUCCAGCACUAUUACGCCCUCACUGACACCCGAGUCCUCCACACCCUCUCCUCCAGCUCCGGAGCAGCUUGAGGAGGUGGAGAAAGGGGUGCAGGCAGCAUCAAGCUCUCCACAGCUCAGGCUGUCUAAGAAGAAGGCUCCUGAGCCUCCUCUUAGAGUCUUAAGGCCUCUCACAAGAUCCAGGAGUGCUCUUUCUUCAAACAAUGAAGCCAUGUGAAAGUGUCCGAAAGACUCCUCCAGCUGCCUUUGCUGCAAGAAGUAAAAAUACUGAAUGGCCAAAAGCUACAUGACUAAAGCAGCCUUGCUUUGGAGUAAGGUAUUACCAAAGUGACCUAUGAUGACCCCUCUAUAUAUAGUAUAUGGCUCAUGAUUUAAAAACACUGACAUUUGUGACAUUGAGAUAGUACAAAUGAAUGAAUGGGCUCCAGGCUGAUAGACAUUUUGAGUUUGUGGGUUAUUGUAUCUGUAUUUAUGUACAGUUUGUGUGUACUUCAUCUUUCUGAUUUGAUUGUUUUUCUAUAUCAGGUUUGGGUAGGCAAUUGCAUGUCUGUCUUCCCAGUUAUUAGUACACUGUUUAUUUAACAGAAUGUACUGUCACUGAGUAAUUAAGCAGGCAUUGAGAGUGACAUGGUCAUUCUUCAAGUGUGUUAAAAGCCAAGGAUCAAAAGAAAAGGCUGUUUUUACCCCAUUCAAUAUGAAGAAACAUCUGUCAAUUCUGGACUGAUUAAUUAUCACGUUAAGGUAUCGAGGAAUCACCCAAAAACCCAUUCCGAGAUGAGACGACAUACCUUUGUAAUUAUGAAAUGGCAGACAAUAUUCUGUUACUUACCUCUCUAUUAAAGCCUUAAAGAAAGACAUCAACAUACAAAAUGUCUCCACACACGAUAUAAGUAUUUCUAUCACAACUAUGUUCACAUUAAACAAUCAUUUUGCACUAUGUUUAGAAUAUAAAGUUGCUGCCCUUAAUACUCUGAAAUGGUCAAAAAAGAAUUACUCUGUAACAAGUAAAAGCAUUUGUGUCGCAGAUAAAUUAAGUCUCUACUGCAAGAGGUUUCCUUGGUAAAUCAGACUGUUUGACAAUCUACUGUUCAGUUUGUCAGCACAUUUUGUCAUUUAAUUGUCAAUUUAAGGCCAAUUAGGAAAAAGUCACGAGUAUUUAUUUACUGUAUCUUCACAUGGGUCUUUUUCCAUGUUUGAAAUCACUGUGUAGUGUUCUGCUGUUAACUGAGCAACACUAAACCCAACGAUCUUCCUUUCUACUUGCUUAUUUUUUUUAGGAGUGACUUUAUUUCUUUGCAGGUUUACAAACUUGCAUUUCAGUUAAUAUCGCAUGGUGAUAGACUUUGUUUUCAUUAUGUACUUAAUUCACUGAGCCUGAAUCAUAGCAACAUUUUACACAAAGUAUCACCGUGUUGGACGUCUGCUGCAGAUUUAUCCUUUUCAUCAUGGUAUCUGUAUCAUUUAGGGUGGUUUGAAGUUUGAAACAAAAGCUUCUCAGGUACAACAGCUCUGUUUACACGUCAUUCACUCUGAUGUUGUAGAUACACUUGUUACGCACAUAAAAGGUCCUUUUAAUGGAUAAAUGGUGAAAAAACUUUAAAAGGAAAAAUCAGAUUGUGUUUCAACGUGAGUAGUAUAAGUGUUAGUGCUGAAGGGGAUUUCCUUCUGUCAAAAUUCAUGCAAAGCAAAACAGAGAAAAAAAUAUGUUGCUAAGUAGCAGAUUUGUAUACUUGUGUGUAGACUGAAACUCAUCAUUGCAUGUUUGUUAUUCAUUUGUAUGAGAAUUUGAUUUCUUAAAUGAUUUUGUUAAGAUGCCUUGCUGGUAAACAAUUAUUUUUUGUCAUUUUUGUUUGCUUUGUAGAAAGAAUAUGAAAUGCAACGACUGUACACACACGUUGGCUAUACAUAUAUAUAUAUGAAUAACGUCUUAUUUACUGAUAAAUUAACCACUUGGACUUUAUUCAUGAGACACCACUUAAGUGACCCUAAGAAUCUUUGUUCUGGCAGGCCAGAAUAUCAAAUUACUUAAAUUUCAACUUGAUUGUGAAAUGUAAAACAAAAAGCAGUAAAGUGGUGACACGAUGGUUCAAUUCUGUCAAUUCAUUGUUCUAACUAGGUUAAAGAUUUCUGUUUAAAUCAAGCCAUUAAAUAUGAAGCAAAACUUUGACUGUGUGUUAAUCUUUAUUUUUAAAUGCUGUUUUAAGACAAGAAAGGACACUUUAAGAUAUAUGAUUUUAUUAUAUUUAAACAGAAAACAAGAUGUCACGACAUGAAUAAGCAAACUACAGUUUGAGGUUGACCCUAUCGUGGUACUUCAGGUAUGGAUCAUCAACAAACCAGUUCCUCCUUUUCCAAAAGGCGGUUGUCAUUUUAUCCAGAAGCUGGCUCUGUGUUUUGUUACAGAACACAUGCUCCCUCAGGCGCUUUUUUCUGGCAGGACUCUUCUUCCACAGUUUCUUCUUGUAUCCAGCCUGUUUACACACGGAAACAAUAAGUCAGGUUGGAAACAGUGCUUUUAACCCCCAAAACUACUGUAAGAAAAUACCAUUAUAGCAAAAUGCUAAUGUAUUUCUUCUCAAAAUAUUAUUUAAGAGAAUCUGUGUCUGCUGCAUCUGUCUGCUCCAAAGUGACCAACAGAAUGCCCUUUUUCCCCUUCAUAGUGUGUGAUACUUUAAGUUUAUUUUAUUUAAAGACUGUAAUUGGGUGAUUUUGAGUGGGAUCCUACAU